AGAUAAAACCAGUACGAAUAACAAACCCUAGUGUAGCAAUCGGGGUUCCUCCACCAUUUCAUUUUCAGCGGCGGAGCGAUGGUGUCGUUGAAGUUGCAGAAGCGGCUCGCCGCCAGCGUUCUCGGCUGCGGAAAAGGCAAAGUAUGGCUCGACCCCAACGAAGGCGGCGAGAUCUCCAUGGCCAACUCCCGUCAAAAUAUAAGGAAGCUGGUGAAAGAUGGUUUCAUCAUCAGAAAACCAACCAAAAUUCACUCUAGAUCUCGGGCUCGAAGGAUGAAGGAAGCCAAACGAAAGGGUCGUCACUCUGGAUACGGUAAGAGGAAGGGUACGAGGGAGGCGAGACUUCCCACAAAAGUUCUGUGGAUGAGGAGAAUGCGUGUCUUGAGGCGUUUGCUACGCAAAUACCGAGAGUCAAAGAAAAUAGACAAGCAUAUGUACCAUGAUAUGUACAUGAAGGUGAAAGGUAACGUGUUCAAGAACAAGAGAGUGCUUAUGGAGAGUAUUCACAAGUCCAAGGCCGAAAAGGCGAGAGAGAAGACACUCUCCGAUCAGUUUGAAGCCAAACGUGCUAAGAACAAGGCUAGCAGAGAACGAAAGUUUGCCAGAAGGGAGGAACGAUUAGCUCAGGGACCUGGAGAGAAAGCACCGCCAGCUGCAGCUGCUGUUCCGACGCCCCAGUCUGCAGGGGGAGCCAAGAAAGCAAAGAAGUGAGAGAGAUGAUGAAGGGAAUGAGAUUCGAUCAAACGAUUAUUUUUUGAUGUAUUAGUUUUUGGGUUCGAUAGACUUUGUGCUGCGAAUUUUUUUACGAAAUUUUAGUAGUUAUCGAUGACUAAUGAAGUGCUUGAUUGAUUUUUUUUGCAAUAACGUUGAGAAAUUGGUUAAUUAGUUAUUCUGCUAUUAAAAGGUUGUUUAUGUGCUUAA